CUCCGGCUCCUCCAUCUUGGCCUCGGCAGUGGCGGCUGCCGGGAGGAUGUGCCGCCUUCUGGCCGGGGGAAGAAGGAGGAAAAGAUGAAGAAGUACCAGCGGGCCUUGGCCCUGGUCUCCUGCCUCUCUCUGUGCUCCCUGGUGUGGCUUCCCAGUUGGCGUGUGUGCUGUAAAGAGAGUUCUUCAGCUUCAUCGUAUUACUCUCAAGAUGACAGUUGCACGCUAGAAAAUGAAGAUGUACAAUUCCAGAAAAAGGAUGAAGGAGAGGGGCCUGCCAGCGCCGAAUUACCUGGAAAAGUGAGUUCACAUUCACCCGUUCCUCCAGAAGAACACAAAUUAAAAGAUGACGACGUCGUGGAUGCACGAAACACGGAGUCAGAAAAGUUAAGUCCACCUGUGAUUGAGACGCUCUCUUCUGUUGACCUGCACGAAGAUUCUUCCAGUGCAGCUGCGGGCAGUGAAAGCAAUGAGACUAUUACCAGCUCAUCUACCUCAGAGAUCAUUCCAGUCUCCACACUUGAUGAAAUAGAAAAAUCUGGUACUAUUCCUAUAGCCAAGCCCCGUGAAACUGAGCCACCUGAAACUGACUGUGAUGUUGGCGAGGCCCUCGAUGCUCGUGCUCCUGCCCACCAGCCUGCCUUUGUCCAUCCGCACGAAAGCCUCGUUGGCCAGCAUAUAGAAAACGUGUCAUCUUCACAUGGCAAGGGAAAAAUAACAAAAUCAGAAUUUGCACCAAAAGUUUCAACAAGUGAUCAGGGAGAUGGUGAUCCAAAAUCUGUGUUGAAUGCUUCAGAGAAUUUAAAAAGCGAGAGUUCUGAUUAUACAAAACCAGAAGAAAUUGACCCUACGUCUGUAACAAAUCCCAAAGACCCAGAGGACAUACCGACAUUCGAUGAGUGGAAGAAGAAAGUCAUGGAAGUAGAAAAAGAAAAAAGUUUGUCUGCAGGUCAGUCCAUGCAUGCAUCUUCCAACGGAGGUCUACAUGCCACAAAGAAGGUCCAGAAAAAUCGAAACAAUUACGCCUCAGUAGAAUGUGGUGCCAAAAUUUUGGCAGCUAAUCCGGAAGCCAAGAGCACAUCUGCUAUUCUUAUAGAAAAUAUGGAUCUUUAUAUGUUGAAUCCUUGCAGCACUAAGAUUUGGUUUGUUAUUGAACUUUGUGAACCAAUUCAAGUAAAGCAGCUUGAUAUCGCAAAUUAUGAGUUAUUUUCUUCUACUCCUAAAGACUUCCUGGUUUCCAUCAGUGACAGGUAUCCCACAAACAAGUGGGUUAAGCUGGGGACUUUCCACGGUAGAGAUGAGCGGAACGUGCAGAGUUUCCCCUUAGAUGAACAGAUGUAUGCAAAAUAUGUGAAGAUGUUCAUCAAGUACAUAAAGGUGGAGCUGCUGUCUCACUUCGGAUCCGAGCACUUUUGUCCGCUGAGCCUUAUAAGGGUGUUUGGCACUAGCAUGGUGGAAGAGUACGAGGAGAUUGCUGAUUCCCAGUACCAGUCGGAGCGGCAGGAACUGUUUGAUGAGGACUAUGAUUAUCCACUGGAUUAUAAUACUGGGGAAGAUAAAGCCUCAAAAAAUCUCCUUGGUUCUGCUACAAAUGCCAUUCUAAACAUGGUGAACAUUGCCGCUAAUAUUCUGGGAGCAAAAACUGAAGACCUGACGGAAGUGGGAAAUAAAAGUAUAUCUGAGAAUGCCACGGCCACAGCCGCACCCCAGGUGCCUCAGCCCGCUCCUGCCUCAGCUCCUGCUCCAGCUCCAGCUCCUGCUCCUUCACCUGAGUCUGUAACCACUGAAGAACAGGGACAUGCCACAGAGCCAUCACCACCAGAUACCCCAAAGGAGAGCCCCAUUGUCCAGCUUGUUCAAGAGGAUGAAGAGGAAGCAAGUCCAUCCACGGUGACCCUUCUGGGGAGCGGAGAACAAGAGGACGAAUCAUCACCCUGGUUUGAGUCAGAGACACAAAUAUUGUGCAGUGAACUGGCCACAGUUUGUUGUAUUUCUGGUUUCUCCGAAUACAUAUAUAAAUGGUGUUCAGUUAGAGCUGCUCUUUAUCGGCAACACAGCAGAACUGCCGUGGAUAAAGGGAAAGAUCACCUUGUGCCAGCUCAUCCACCAUUGCUGCUUCCUGCAGAAUCGGUAGCUGUUUCAGUAUUGCAGCCUCCAAGUGGAGAACUGGGCAGUAAGGAGAAGGAAAAGGAGGCUGGAACUGUUGUUCUAGGCGACUUAAGUAGCACGCACCAAGGUGACUUGAUUAAUCACACUGCAGAUGUAAUUGAACUUGAACCAAGCCAUCCUCAGACUCUCUCUCAGUCUCUUCCCUUGGAUGUUACUCCUGAACUCAGCUCAGUAUCUAAAUUAGAAGUGUCUGAGCCUGUUAAAUACGAGGCAGGAUACACGCCAUCCCAAGUGACUCCCCAGGAGAGUUCCGUUGAGGUUGGUAACGAAACAGAAACAAAGUCUGCGAGUUUUGGUUCUGUAGAGAAGCCAGCUGUGACCUAUGAGACAAAACUUAAUGAAGUAAUGGAGAGCACUGCAAAAGAAAACACAGACUCUAUGGAAAUUGCCACAAAGCUAUCCGAAACAGGAGUGCCACCUCUAAACACAGCCCCUGUGCCAAACAGAGAAGACGGGGAAGCCAAAGCGACCAGAGCUGACACACCAAAGCCAGUGCUGACCCCUCUUGUGGACCCCGCUUCAUUCCCUGAAGUGAAAGAGGAAGAGCAGUCUCCAGAAGAGGCUCUUCUAAGAGGGUUGCAAAGGACAGCUACAGAUUUUUAUGCUGAAUUGCAAAACUCGACGGAUCUAGGAUAUGCUAAUGGAAAUCUUGUACAUGGAUCAAACCAAAAGGAGUCAGUGUUCAUGAGACUUAAUAAUCGUAUUAAAGCCUUAGAAGUUAACAUGUCUCUCAGUGGCCGCUAUUUGGAGGAGCUUAGCCAAAGGUACCGAAAGCAAAUGGAAGAAAUGCAAAAGGCCUUCAAUAAAACAAUAGUAAAACUUCAGAAUACUUCACGAAUAGCAGAGGAGCAGGAUCAGCGGCAGACAGAGUCCAUCCAGCUGCUGCAGGCGCAGCUGGCCAACGUGACCCAGCUUGUUUCGAACCUGUCGGCGACAGUCGCAGAACUAAAACGGGAGGUUUCAGACCGACAGAGCUAUCUCGUCAUGGCGCUGGUCCUCUGCGUGGUCUUGGGCCUGAUGCUCUGCAUGCAGCGCUGUCGGGGUGCCUCUCAGUUGGACGGAGGCUACGUCUCAAGACUUCCUCAGAGUAGUCUGUAUCCGAGCCCCAAAAGGUGUUUCUCUUCCUAUGACGAUAUGAGUUUGAAAAGGAGAACUUCAUUCCCACUCAUCAGAUCCGAGUCUCUACCGUUAACUGGAAAAGAAGACCCGAACGCUUUGUACAUUGUAGAGCCCCUCAAGUUCUCUCCAGAGAAAAAGAAGAAGCGCUCCAAGUACAAAACGGACAAAAUCGAGACCAUAAAGCCAGCAGACCCCUUGCACCCGGUAGCCAACGGAGACAUAAAAGGGAGGAAGCCCUUUACAAACCAGAGAGACUUUUCCAACGUGGGCGAAGUCUACCACUCCUCCUACAAGGGCCCUCCGUCCGAAGGGGGCUCGGAAACCUCGUCCCAGUCGGAGGAGUCUUACUUCUGCGGCAUUUCAGGGCGCACCCAGCCGGAGGAGUCUUACUUCUGCGGCAUUUCAGCGUGCACGAGUCUGUGCAACAGACAGUCCCAAAAGACAAAGACUGAGAAGAGGGCUUUAAAGCGGCGGCGCUCUAAAGUCCAGGACCAAGGGAAGCUGAUACAAACUCUGAUACAGACUAAGUCCGGGUCCUUGCCGAGCCUGCAGGACAUCAUCCGAGGAAACAAAGAGCUGGCCGUGGGCACCUUUGGGGUGACGGCCGUCUCGGGACACAUCUAGGGUACUCGAACUCUUCACACUGGGGACUCUUGCUACUCUCGGAGGAGCACUGGUAUCUGAGGGUUUGGGGGAGGGAGACGACGUUUGUGGGAAAAGUAUUCAGAAGCCAGGGUUUCCGCCUUUCUACAGUGGGUGGGAUGGCGUCGGUCAGUCUGGGCUGGCUUCCCAUAAGGACAAUGGCAGACAUUUUCUAAAGAUGCUUUUUCACAGGUUAAUUGUUGGUAAUUUGGAAGCCCAGUUCCUUGGGUGGGACAGGAAUAGAAGCCCAGACCUCUUCCUGUAGCUUUGGUCCUAUUUCUCGCACCUUCCAUAUUUAUGUGCCUUUUGUCUAUUUAUAAUGCCACUGGAAGAGGAGAGGGGCUUCUUCUGUCGUUUGAUUUCUUUUCUAACUCUGUUAGUUUUUCGAAGCUGCAAACACUACAAGGCUCUGAGGUGACUGCCCCUCAAGCGCAGUGACGUGGGUCAGACCGUGGAAGGAGGCUGCAGACCUGCCGGCCAGACCUCGUUAGCAGACUCACCUGAAACCGACACGCGCUGGAAUUUCAUGUCUGCUUUUAGGUAAAUGGUGAUGCUCUGAAGUGUGUUUUCAUUUAAUUUAUUCACACUAGUUUUCUGUAGUUACAACUCAACGAGGAAAACAAAACUGCAAGAUCUUUUCUUACAAAUGACUGGUAUUUGCAAAUAAGUUUUUUAUAAAUUCACCUUUUAAACACGUAACUGCUUGGAAGGGUUUCAACGUUCACAGUAAGCACCAGUCCUCCAGCCUGUCACUUUCGAUAAAUAGGAAAUGUGGAGAAUUGUCAGGCGAGUCCAGGCCUCAUGUGACGCAGUCACUGCCCGUGAACAUGCCCCGAACCAGCUGGCGGGCUUGUCGAGGCCCGUCGGACAGUCGGGUCCCCAGGGCUCUUCGUCCGUGGUGUGCGCUUCGCAUCGGCCGCAGUGGGCGGAGGCGUGCGUACGUGUGUGAUGCCCGUGCGUCUGUCUUCAUCUUGUUCUUUCAUUUCUUUAAUUGGCAGCAACCGUAUUUGAGUAGAAGGAUUUCUUUGUGUGUGUUUGUCCGGUGGGAGAGAAAGUGGCAAGUUCCCUUUUGUUGGGAAGAGAAUCGACCACUUUGUGUCGUCAGUCUUAAAUUAUAACUUAUUAAGCACUUUUAGUAGUAACUGUGUUUAAACUUGUCUGAUACCUUCCAGCAGGUAUUGUUUGUAAUGUGACUUAUUUAAAGCCUUUUUGUUUAAGUUGCUGCUUUAGGUGAACAGUGUGUUUUAAAUGAUCGACAUUUGUUCCAGUCUGUACAAUUAGCCGUUGGGAGCAGGAGGGCCUGGUUGUGCAGAGCCCGCCGCAGAGCGGUCCAGGUGGAGGCGGAGGCGGAGGCGGCGGCGUGGGGCGGGGCGCCCAGUGUGCGACGACGGAGCUGUAGUGCCGUUAGAAACUGUGAAUUUCCAAAUAAAUCUGAACACUUGUCUUUAUUAA